CAGCGUGCUUUGCAGAAAAAUGAAAAAAAAAUGGCGGACUAAUCUUUCUUCCUGUUUGCCUUCUACGGACAUUCAAGGUCACGCUACCUCCUGGGCCUAUAAAUAGCGGUCUAAGUUUUUGUUUUCACAGUAAUCUACAGAACUCGUUGUUGCUGUUGCAAUCAGGAAACUCCUCAGUGUACGAGAGGAGUUCAGAUAUAUCUUCGGAUCAAAAGAGAUCACAAAUCGAUAGAACAAAGCUGUUAGUAAUUUAUUUGGUUUCGAGUGAUCAUGUUUUUAGUGGUGGCAGUUUCUUUGCUGCUGGCAGCUGUUGUGUUGAUCUCCUUGGUACUGCUUGGAAGACAUCAUUCUGCAGAUCCAGUGAGGAAGAUGCCUGGCCCAAAGACAAACCUUUUAUUUGGCAAUGUUUUGCAGCUGCCAAGACUACCGAAUGAUCUUGUGACGCAGAUAUUACAGUGGGUGUACGAGUAUCAUAAUGGGAUGUUUUGUCUGUGGCUUGGGCCAACAUACCCUUUUAUCUUCUUGUACAAACCUGAACUGGUGGAGGUUGUUUUGCAUAGUUCCAAACAUAUCAGCAAGUCUGCAGAUUAUGACUUUUUACAUCCUUGGUUAGGAACAGGCCUGCUGACCAGUGAUGGAUCAAAAUGGAAGACAAGACGAAGGUUGAUCACUCCAACAUUUCACUUCAGCAUUUUGAAUACCUUCUUACAAGUUUUUGAAGAACAAUCAAAAAUACUGGUCUCAAACCUUGAGAAAAAGGUCAAGACAGGAACUUUCAACAUAAUGCCAUACAUUACUCUGUGUGCUCUGGAUAUUAUAUGCAUUACCUCCAUGGACUCCUCACCAAAUGCACAGGGAGAUACCAAUUCUCCAUAUGUCAAGGCAGUUGGAAGGAUAACUGAGUUGAUUCAGAAGCGACAGAGGUCUCCAUGGCUCUGGCCUGACAUUGUUUACUUUUUGACGCCAUCAGGGAGGGAACACAAUCAUUGUCUUAAGAUUCUUCAUGGUUUUACCAACAAGGUCAUCGAUGAGCGAAUCGCCGACAGAGCAGCCAAAAAAAAUGAUCUACAAACCGAAGGAAAUGACACCGAGCAGGGAGAGGAAGGUGAAUUUAAAAGGAAGAGGCGUUUAGCUUUCCUUGAUUUGUUACUGGAGGCCUACGAUAAAGGAGAGAUAUCACGAGAGGGCAUCAGAGAAGAAGUGGAUACUUUCAUGUUUGAGGGCCACGAUACCACAGCCGCUGGACUAACGUGGGCUCUCUAUCUGCUCGCCCGCCAUCCUCAUGUACAGCAGCAAGUGCACGAAGAAGUAGAUAAAUUUUUCGAGCAGCGGCCAGAAACCCUCACGGUAGAGGAUCUGAAGGAUUUGCGUUACUUGGAAUGUGUUGUUAAGGAGGCCCAGCGCAUGUUUCCAUCUGUGCCCUUCAUUGCAAGGACGACGACUGAAGACUGUCACCUGGAUGGUUACUUGGCUCCAAAAGGUACUGCUCUUGGAGUUUGUACAAUCGGACUCCACAGAAACCCAAAGGUGUGGGAAGCGCCGCUCGAGUUUAACCCAGAUCGUUUUCUUCCUGAGAACAGCCAAGGACGCCAUCCAUAUGCAUUUGUUCCUUUCUCUGCUGGGCCACGGAACUGUAUCGGUCAGCGGUUCGCUCUUCAAGAGGAGAAACUUGUCUUGGCUCACGUGUUGCGUAAUUUUACCCUCGACUCCACUCAGACCUUUGAUGAACUCCAGACAUGCGGAGAAAUUAUAACCAGACCAAAGAAUGGAAUAUUCGUCUCUUUAGCCAAACGAUGAUAAGAUAUAGAGGAUGUUACAUAGCCGCGCGGAGAUACGAAAGUUCUCUUCGAUUGUUGAAAAAUAUUUCACGAGAAAGCGAAACCAAAUGUUUUGUUAACACGAGAAGAGAAAUUUAGUAUCUCCAAGCGGCCAUGUAAUAUUCUAUUUAUCAUUUAAACACAAAUGAAAUACUAAAUCAUUUUACUUUAAUAUUUUCAAGGAGCGAUUUUACAUACUUUAAUUUCUCCUAACGCUCUCAGUUUAGCCUGCGUUGCUGGCGGUCUGCGGUUUUGGGGACGUAGAGAAAAAUGUUUUUCCAUUUUUCUCUCCGCCUCGAUAACUGCAGACCGCCAGCAACGCAGGCUACUCUCAAUCUCGAUUUAUUUCCCCCACCCAAUGUAUGAAGUGCUUUCUUUCAUAUAUAGAGAAAGCAAAAAAAUGAAGUUUAAUUUAAUUUUAAUGAAAACAAAUUUGAUAGUUUCGGCUUCCCUCGAAGAUGAUGAAAUUUUUUAAAGCGAAAAGGCAUUGAAGGCGUUAACCCAUUGACUCCUAAAAGUGACUCGCAUCUAAUUAUGUAACGCCACUGAAUCACACAGUCAAGUCACGGGAAUAAAGGAAAUGAUCACCAACUAAAGAAGCUCUUGAUUGU